AGCAGGUGGUGCAGAAGAGAAGACCGGACAUGGGAUUUACAAAUCUCUGUAUCUCUGACUUCUGUACCGGACAAGCAUGGAGGAACAUCAAAUCCCAAAUUUAAAAAACUCAGGUGUCACAGCAAUAGCGUCUCUGGCCGAGGCUCGCUGAAUAAAGAUGCACAUGGGGACAAAGCAGCACUCAAAUCAGAUGACUCAAAAGAGGAGAAAAAAGUCUGCCCUCUAAUCUCAGGACCAUGGUUUAGACAGUCUGGAUGAUGUGAGUCAUCAGGUUACAAAGGCCAAAGACAAUUUUAAGACAUGGAGGUGCCUUUCAUUUGUGUCUGGAAUCUAUUGGUAUAUGAGCCUUGAUAUCAACAUGGGGUCAAACAAACCGUAACCGUUGUGUUCGAUGCACCUGACUGCUGUCAGCAUGCAAACACAGCAUAGAUGAUUCACCCUCAAAAGAGACAAAACUGGGAACUAACAGGGUCUAAUGAUGUAGCAGCUACAGGUGACUUACAUGUGGCCUCUGAUUCAAGACAGUCCAACUACAGUCAGUAUGGAAGUGCAGACAACCUCUCUAGUCUGGAUAUAUGUUAACAGUACUGAACAACUGAACACUUCAUAUGAGUACAAUACAACGUAUCUAAUUGAAGACUCAGAUAAAUACCAAUCUUACAUCAUUGGUCUCUUUUUAUCUUGCCUGUACACCAUUCUCCUCUUUCCUAUUGGAUUUAUUGGCAACAUCUUGAUCCUGGUGGUGAACCUGAACCACAGAGAAAAAAUGACCAUUCCCGACCUGUACUUUGUUAACCUGGCUGUAGCUGACCUCAUCCUGGUGGCAGAUUCCCUCAUCGAGGUCUUCAAUCUGAAUGAGAAGUAUUAUGACUAUGCUGUCCUCUGCACCUUCAUGUCCCUUUUCCUUCAGGUCAACAUGUACAGCAGCAUCUUCUUCCUCACAUGGAUGAGCUUUGACCGAUACAUUGCCUUGGCUAGCUCCAUUAGCAGCAGCCCAAUGAGGACUAUGCAGCAUGCCAAGCUCAGCUGUGGCCUCAUCUGGAUGGCCUCCAUUCUGGCCACCCUUCUCCCUUUCACCAUUGUGCAGACCCAGCACAGGGGUGAGGUGCACUUCUGCUUUGCCAAUGUCUUUGAGAUUCAGUGGCUGGAGGUAACCAUUGGCUUUUUGGUGCCCUUCUCCAUCAUUGGUCUAUGCUACUCUCUGAUUGGACGAAUCCUCAUGAGGUCCCAGAAGCACCGUGGGUUGUGGCCACGGCGGCAGAAGGCCCUGCGCAUGAUUGUGGUCGUGGUUCUGGUGUUCUUCAUCUGCUGGUUGCCAGAAAAUGUCUUCAUCAGCAUCCAGCUGCUGCAGGGCACAGCUGACCCAUCGCAGAGGACUGCUACCACCCUGUGGCAUGACUACCCACUCACAGGCCACAUUGUUAACCUGGCAGCUUUCUCCAACAGCUGCCUCAACCCCAUUAUCUACAGCUUUCUAGGAGAAACCUUCAGGGACAAGCUGCGUCUCUUCAUUAAGCAGAAGGCGAGCUGGUCAGUAGUGAAUCGUUUCUGCCACCAUGGCCUUGAUUUACACCUCCCUGUCAGGAGCGACGUGUCAGAGGUGUGACUGUUAAGAAGUGUUAUGAAACUGUGUGCACAAAAUAUGCUAAAACUUUUUCAUAUCAAAGUGAUAUAUCACCCAGAAAGAAAUAUGACCUCAGCUUUCUUUAUCUGUUAUUUAGCUGUGCCUCAUAGUUGUAUCAGUGUCUUUGUUAACCUGCUUACUUUCUGAACAAAAAAAAAACACCAAUAAUGUACACUCAACCAAUAAUGUCCAUUCCAAGGAUAGAAAUGUCUCAAUGUGUGCAUCUCUUUAAGUAGAUAACAACACACAUACAGUACUUAAAGCUAUUCUCAUGUUUAUCUGUACAUUGGAUUGUUUUCUUUACGUUUAUUUGGUGUGUUAUUUCUUCAAAAAGUUUGCUGGAUGGCAAGGCAGCCAACAGUAAAUGUCAGCAUCUACCUUCAAAGUACAGCCAUUGGUCAAAGCUAAGUAAUGGAUAGAUGAGUGUCAGAAGAGACCAGCUUUUGUGGAAGACAGACAAUGAUGAAAGCUUUUACAUUUUGUGAUGUAUAAUACAAAUGUUCCAGAUCUUUUUCUGGGUAUGAGGGAGAACAGUGUGUCAGCUAAAACAUUGUGCAUUGUGCGUCACAUCAAAUCUAAUCAGGCUAUCUGUUUGAGCUGCAAGAGGAGGGUCAUUUCAGUUGAAACCCACAUGUGUUUUCACCUGUAUAAUGUAAAAAAAACAAAAAAACAACAACAUUUAUUUAUCUAACUACCACAUACCCACCAACCACAACAAGCCAUGACAAAAUGACUGGACUGCUCUCAUCUGAUUAGUAGUAACACAACAUAAAACAGUGUAAGCCACAACUAGCAGUGACUUGCUUUUCAUUGUCCCUGUCGAAGAUAUUACUGUACGUCUGGCUUUGUGCAUUUUAACUAAUCUUU